AGCCUGGUCACCUUUGAUUGCCCUCGGAUCCAGCUCCAAUCGGUGGGCUGAUGAAGCAAACACCUCAUCUGGGGACCAGAGUCAGGCCCAUGGCGCCCCAAUCAAUAUAUUGCCCCGUAGGUUCCCCAUGCGGCCAUGUGAAAGAGUGACAGGUGAAACUCAGCUGGAAGACGCACCCCCAGAGCCCGCCUCUCUGCGCCAACUCCUACGACUUCUCGUCCUCUGUACACGUACUUGACGGAGCAUCUUGACAUCACCAGCCAACGCUCCUGCCCUGCCUCGAGAAGUCUCUUUGGCAGAUGACAGCUGGCACCUGAGCCUGCCUUGAUCACCGCACUCCCUUUCUCCCAAACACCGCAAUAUUCCCCCUCGUUACCCGAGACAUCCUCACCGACUUGACACUUUCGGGUCAACAUGGGCUUUUGAAACGCUCACCUCCGCCCUUAGGCACUUUACAGUUAUUUUCCUUCAGGAGCAUUGGCUUCACCGACCACAUCUCUACCUCCCGGCACCUCUUCAGGUUUGCAUCGGCACCUCUAUCACUCCAGACUGGAAUACGCAACCAUGACCACCACAGCCGAAGCCACGGAGCUCACUGAGCAGCAACCUCCCGCUUCACUCCAACGACCCAAGUCGGAAUUCGAUCCCUGCUGCAAUGCCAAAGUUACCUCCCCUUUCUACCUCUACAACCAUGACUCCCCCCGACCGUCCUUUGACGUGAAAAAGCCCGGCAACCCCGUCGAAGUUGCUGUCCAAGACCUCGAGGCCGGCACGUUCAACCUUUCACCGUCAAUUACUCAAGAGAAGAAAGAUGCACAGAGUUCGGCAGUUCGGGAGAGGUUCAAGUUUUGGAAGAGAGAGAAGCAGUGCAUGACAAAACCGAAGCAGAGAGGAUGCGUUUGGUUCACUCGGUUGCCCGCACGCCAACGCCUGCUGAUCAAGAUUCUCAUUGGGUUGCUCAUCAUUGGAGCUGCUGUGGGAAUUGCCGUCGGUGUCAGUGUUAAGGUCCAUGGAACGGUGUACAAGGGCAACAACUCGACUUCGCAGAUCGGUUGAUCGUGUUGGCCAGUACUCGUGGCACCGCGGCAAGAUUUCAAGAUGAAAAAGGGACGAGAACCAUCCAUUCUUACCAAGACCAGUCAAUCGCUGUGUUCAAUUGUAUACGAUAUUGGGAGUAUAGAUUAUGGGGCAUGGGACCACAAAAGGCGAGACCAAAACCAACAGGCAACUCGUUAUUUCGACAGUGUGACAGAUGAUAAUGACGGCGUACAUAGGUAGGGGUCACGGAAGGAUUCAGCGAGCGGGACUGGUUGGUAGCUAAUGCCCAUGAAGCGUUUUUCGUUCGAUCGACAUGGAUAUUGACAACGUGAGCCCGUGGUAUUUUUCCCAUCGAUGUCCCCAUCCAACACAUUUCCC